UUGCGCAUGCGCAUCUCCGCAGUAUAAGACAAGGCCUGUGGUGAAUCUCUGGAACUUUCUAGACUGUUUCUGAGUCGAUUCGUCAUUCAUUGCUUGGCGAGCUGCUUAUCCCGCUGUUGUGGCGCUUCAUCGGCUGCAACGCUCUUGUGACCUGUCCGUGGACGCCAGUGUGUAUACUAGAAUUUAAGGAAGCUCGACUACGAUGGUCAAGGAAACCGGCUACUACGACAUACUCGGCGUGAAGCCGACCUGCACUCAAGAGGAGCUCAAGAAGGCGUACCGAAAACUAGCGUUGAAGUACCAUCCGGAUAAAAACCCCGCUGAAGGCGAACGGUUCAAGCAGAUAUCCCAGGCCUACGAAGUGCUGUCCAAUGCGGAGAAGCGACGCAUCUAUGACCAGGGAGGGGAACAGGCCAUCAAGGAGGGUGCAGGGAGUGGAGGGGGGGGCUUCUCGGCACCCAUGGACUUGUUUGACAUGUUCUUUGGUGGGGGCAUGGGCCGGCGGCGUGAGAACCGUGGCAAGAACACUGUGCACCAGCUGGGCGUCUCUCUCGAGGAGCUCUACAAUGGGGCCACCAGGAAGCUCUCGGUUCAGCGCUGCACCAUCUGUGACAAGUGUGAAGGUCGUGGUGGGCGCAAGGGUGCGGUGGAGCGCUGCCCCAGCUGCCGUGGCUCGGGCAUGAAUGUGCGCAUCCAGCAGCUGGUGCCUGGCAUGGUGCAACACAUCCAGACCACCUGCCAAGAGUGCAUGGGCGAAGGGGAGCGCAUCAACCCCAAGGACCGAUGCAAGAACUGCAACGCCAAGAAAGUUGUUCGUGAGCGGAAGAUCCUUGAGGUCCACAUCGACAAGGGCAUGGAAGACGGCCAGAAGAUCACCUUCAGUGGCGAGGGUGACCAGGAGCCUGGUCUAGAGCCGGGUGACAUCAUCGUGGUUCUCGACGAGAGGGAACAUGAAGUGUUCAAGCGCAACCGCACCGACCUGAUGAUGCGCAUGGACCUGACCCUGACCGAGGCACUGUGUGGUUUCCAGAAAACUAUCACUACUCUCGACAACAGGACUCUCGUCAUCACCAACCUGCCGGGGGAGGUGAUCAAGAACGGAUCGGUCAAGUGCAUCCUCAACGAAGGCAUGCCUCAGUACCGCAACCCCUUUGAGAAGGGCAAGCUCAUUGUUCACUUUGUGGUGAACUUCCCGGAUCGCAUUGACCCCGCAGUUGUUGGCAAGCUGGAGGCAUUGCUACCCGCACGACAGGAGUGCAUGAUCCCCGACAAUGCAGAGGAGGUGAUCCUGCAGGACCUGGAUCCCGAACAGGAGGCACGGCGCCAGCGCCAGCACAGGGAAGCCUAUGAAGAGGAUGACGAUCACUUCCAUCCACGUGGUGGUGUGCAGUGCCAGACGCACUAGUGUGUGACUCUUUCUUGUGGAGGACAGCCUUUUUAAAGACUCCCUUGGCAACAUGUUCGUCGUCGUGAAAGUGUUGUGCGCGAAGCAACAACAACAUAGGUUCAUUUCAGAUGCACCCCCCCCCCGCCUUUUUUUUUUACUUUUUUUUAACUUUUGCUUUUGUCUGAAUGGUCCCAUCACUAGAGGUAGUUGUAUAUAUUUAGCUUGCAGUGCUCCUGUUGUGAACCAAACUAUUUAUUUGGACCUGUGGGACUGUGUAGGCUGCUGCCUUGAAAGCCGCCUGUGCAGGGCUUUCUGUACUUUUUUUUUUUAACUGGAGAAGUUGUUAUAUACAUUGUACUAAAACAUACGUGAAAAAAACAUUCUUGUGCUUCUUUUUUUUGUCUUCAUGCACAUUUGUUUAUUGCCCAUUGUUGAUUAAAGAUACGCACGUGCCUAAAA